AUGGUUCAGGGCUGGGUCACACCAAGCUGGAUGAACAGUCAUCAGAUCCAGCAGAGACCUCGCUAUGUCACUACCCAAGAUGACAACUCAUCAAACACAAACAUCAAAGUAGAAGAUGUCCGAAUACGGGCCGUCUUUUCAGCCUCUCGCAAACGCAUCCCUGUAACGGAGGGUUACGUGGAGAUCAAAGAAGGGGGCACUUGGAAACAGAUCUGCGACAAAAACUGGACCAACAAAAAUUCCCGUGUUGUCUGCGGCAUGUUUGGAUUUCCAUCGGAGAAGAAAUACAAUGUCAAAGCCUACAAGACAUCAGCAAGCAGAAGAAAGCAUAGAUACUGGGCUUAUUCUGUGAAUUGCAAAGGCACUGAAUCACAUCUCUUUAACUGCAAAAUGGGCGAUAGGCUCAUGACCUUUGGUGGGAACGUUACCUGCGAGAAUGGGAUCCCUGCAGUGGUAAGCUGCAGCCCUGGACUAGCGUUUGCCCCAGGCAGCCACAGUGGCUUCGGCAAAGCUUUCCGUUCUCAGCACCUUCUAGUGAGGCUAAAGGGCGGAGCCCAGAUUGGAGAAGGCCGGCUCGAAGUGUUGAUGAACGGAGAAUGGGGAACCAUUUGUGAUGACGGGUGGGACCUAUCUUCAGCCAGUGUGGCCUGCCGAGAAUUGGGGUUUGGAACGGCCAAGGAGGCUAUCUUGGGUGCAAGACUUGGACAAGCUGUCAAUUGUCCUCUGCAGAUACGCUUGAGUGGCGGCCGCACCCACAACGAAGGCAUUGUGGAAAUUCUCCAGGAACACAACGGCACACUCAUAUGGGGAUCCAUCUGCGGUGAAGGAUGGGAUAUAAUGGACGCCAUGGUGGUUUGUCGCCAGCUAAAUCUUGGCUAUGCUAGCCAUGCUUUCCAGGAGACCUGGUAUUGGUAUGGAAGCAGUGAUGCAGACAACGUGGUCAUGAGUGGGAUGAAAUGCUCCGGGGUGGAAAUGUCUUUGUUACACUGCCCUCAUGAUGCCAAAGUCUCCUGCCCCAAGGGAGGCGGACGCCAUUCAGCUGGUGUUUCCUGCACAGAAACUGCGGCUGAUCUCGUCCUCAACGCCAAGGAAGUAGAACAAACGUCCUAUCUGGAGGAUCGGCCCAUGCAUGUGCUACAGUGCGCCAUGGAGGAGAAUUGCCUGGCCUCCUCUGCGGUCAAUACCUCGGUGACCACAGGUUACAGGAGACUCUUCCGCUUCUCCUCCCAGAUCCAUAAUAACGGGCAGGCUGACUUCCGUCCCAAAACGGGCCGCCACGCUUGGAUCUGGCACGAAUGCCACAGGCAUUACCACAGCAUGGAAGUCUUUGCCCACUACGAUCUGUUGGAUAGCAACUGGACACAAGUUGCCGAAGGCCACAAAGCCAGCUUUUGCCUGGAGGACACUGACUGCCUAGACGGAAUGCAGAAGCAGUAUAACUGUGCAAACUUUGGAGAGCAAGGGAUCUCCGUCGGAUGCUAUGAUGUGUAUCGGCAUGAUAUUGAUUGCCAGUGGAUUGACGUUACUGAUCUUAAACAAGGAGACUACAUCUUCCGGAUCAUUGUUAAUCCCAACUUUGAAGUGGCAGAGUCUGAUUACUCCAACAACGUUAUGCUUUGUAAAGUCAGGUACGGGUCACUACGUGUGUGGGUGUUUAACUGCCAUAUAGCCAACUCUUACUAUGAACCAGACCAGAAAGAAAACUUCAAUGGACUUUGGAACAAUCAGGUGUUUUAACUGUAGGCCCUCUGUUUAAUAUAAAGGAAGAAAAGAAAAAAAAGAAAAAAAGGAGGGGCUUUUCCCAUGAUUUCCCUAACCACUGCUCCGAAAACUGAAGUUACCAAGCAACCAACCAUGAAUGUUUCAUGUUAGCUCUGUAAAUUAUUUUUGAAGGGUGUUACUACAAACCUACUUCGCAACGUUCAGCAGGAGGAGACCGCAGCGGCAGACUCAAAAUUUCACACCAUUCCAAGAGAAGGAAAGUUUUGCACUAGCUGUACGACUUUGCUUCCCCCCCACGUACGUCAACCCUGGCAAACUCUCACCGCCACCCUUUUGGUCCACCGCAGCGUCCGAAGAGGCACCUGACAGGCAACUCGCAAGGGGGUUUGUUGCUCAAGAGUUACCUUUUUGGAGGACUUCUCUUUCAGCCUUGGUCGUUUGUCUCGUGGACGUUCAAACAUCGGACUCUAUGCCACUGGUGGGAGGUGACCUUUCUUCAGCCUGCUGACAUUACCAAGAACACGGGUGAUAUUUGAUUUUUGUGGGGGGGGGGAGGUGAAACCAUCGUAACUUCCAUCUUGGUUUUUUAAA